AUGGCCUUGGAAUAUGACUGCUGGAUCUGCCGAAAAUACAAUCCAUUUGUUGUUAUAAUUUUAUUGACAGAAAUUUAUAUACAAUUUUGCAGAUAUUACUGUAAUUAUUCAAAUUUACAUAUCACCUUUUUAACUGGUGUCAAUGGACAAUUAAAUCUUUGGGUAGAUCGUCAGCUAGUAAUACAAAUUAUUGAAUCAAUGCCACAUAAUCAAAAUAUUCCGGGUAGACUACGUUGUCCAAGAAGAUUACCAGAAAUUCACAGACAUAUUCCAGAACAUUUGUUUCUCGUUUUCAAUGGAUUACUUUUACACGAAGCAUUGGAUCGUAUUUCAUUAUCUGCUCAUAGACCUAUCCCUCCACGUAUUGAUAUGUUACGUGUCAAAUGGAGAGCAGGCUUUGAACGUUUAACCUACAAUAUCGAUUUGAAGUCAAUGAAUCAAACACUUCUGCAUACACCACUCUUAAAUAUUGCGAAAUCUGGUUAUAUUCCAGCUACACAAUCUGACGUUCAGAUAUCUUUACCAUGCACUGGAAGAUUUACUGGCAUAGCUCCCUUCCAAGUAAGACUUGAUGUUCAAAGAGAAUUUGAAGGUUUACGAAAGAUUCCGCCGAUUUCUUUCAUUGUCUAUAAAUAUUGUCUGAGUGCAAGUCAACAUGCACGAUUUAUUAUCAAAUGUGAAUGCCGUAUUCAGUGUUUACAAUCGAAUAUUAACAAUCGUCAAUCACUACGAAAACGUUGUAUUCGACGCUGUCGGAGACGUUAUGGUCUAAAUAACAUACAGGAUAAACAGAGAAAAUGA